UUCGCGUUGUUUUUGCAUGAGCUGACGAGCUUCGUGUUUUUGAACAACUACAUCAUCAUCAACUUACAACCUAGUAUAAUAAAGUCUUUGCACCCACAUGCAGGGAAACUGACGUCACUGUGUGUUCUCUUUACAACGGGAAACAACAAUUACUGUAUAUUUCGCAUGGUACACACUCGCGUUAACGAAGCGAGAGACGACGGAGCAAUGCGCGCGCUGCACUUGGAAACCUGUUGUGAUGUAAGUGAUGCGCGCGGGGCGCGGGGGAGGAAUUCACGUCCCGACGACGGGUGGAAACUCCUGGAAGUGGGCGUGGGUGCUCGCUCCGCGGCGGAUCCUGUGUUAUUCGUAAUGGCUUCCGAAGCUCCGGUGACUCGACAGGUCAGGAGGACGGAGCCCACAUCGGCCGAGGGUCACUUUGAUGUGGACCUGUCGGCGGUCCGCAACUGUACUGUAUUGGACCGCCAUGGCGCGCGCCUCCCCUUCGGACAGCUAUAUAAGGACAGGAAAGCCAUCGUCGUCUUCGUCAGGAAUUUCUUGUGCUACAUUUGCAAAGAGUAUGUUGAGGAUUUGGCAAAAAUCCCCCCUGACUACCUCCGCGAUGCUGGUGUCAGGUUGGUCGUGAUUGGGCAGUCCUCUCAUCACCAUAUUGAGCCUUUCUGCUCCCUGACAAAAUAUCAGCAUGAAAUUUAUGUUGACCCUGAGAGGAGUAUUUAUAAAAAACUUGGGAUGCGAAGAGGAGAGGCACCUUUCCAGUCAGCUUUCUCCAGCCCCCAUGUGAAGUCCAGUGUGCUGACCGGUAGCAUGAGGAGCAUUUGGAGAGCCAUGACCAGCCCGGUAUUUGACUUCCAAGGAGACCCACAUCAGCAGGGUGGGGCCCUCAUUGCAGGCCCAGGGCCUGAAGUCCAUUUUGCUCACUUUGACAUGAACCGACUAGACCACACACCCAUCAACUGGCUACUGCAGUUGGCAGAUGUUCAGAUGGUUGAUUUCAGGAAUCAGCCCAGGAUAAUUGAUGUUUAAAAGUUUGAAACCAUUAAUAUUAAGCAGUAAAAGAGGCAAGAACACUAGACAUUACACAUUACCUGUAUGUGGAAGCCAAUGACAUUUAAUUUAUGCUGGUGAAACACUAUAACAAAUAUUACAAUUUCUCUUUCUUUAAGCAGUGUCUUUGCCCAAAAUGACUUUUGAUUUACCAAUGUGUACAGCAGGGUAUUCUUGUUGGAACAAUUCAGAAUAAGUACCUUGCUCAAGGGUACUGCAGCAGGAGGGGGGAUUUGAACUAGGCAUCUUCAGAUUGCAAAUCAAAGACCCUAAUCUUCUACUUUCUAUGGCCUCUUUAAAAAUAAUUUACUAAUAUUUUUUUUAAAUUUCUUGAUGCUUUGAACUUGCAUACAUUGAAAGAACAUUACAUACAGUGAAAAUGUGCAGAUACAUAUACAGUGACAAAAGUUACAAAACUUUGAAAAAAAACUUGAAAGAGUUGGGUUUUUAAAGAGAUUUCUGAAUAUCUCACUUUGUGACAAAAGAACAAAAAUUCAUUCAUGGAAAUGAGAUGAUUAACUGAAACCUCACGGCCCUGAGGAGGGUUAGCCUCAGUCCACUGAGAGUAGCGUGUCUAUGAGCGUUUUACUACAACCCAUGAAGCCUUAGAGGAUUGGGGUGUUACUGUCUACCUCUCUUAGCAUCAGGCAGGUAGUCUAUGCAGUUACCUUUACUCUUUCAAAAUAAAUUAUUCAUCUGUUUACUUCUUAAUUUUCAGAACCAUCACACCAUAAAUAUUUUUAAUGGAAAAAUCUUUAAAUCACCAUAAAUCUUUUUAAUUUUUUUCAUGUUAAUGGAAUUUUGCAGGAAUGUGGUGUUCAAUUCUACAAUAUGUACAAUUUUAUUUUGUUUUUGUCAUUUCUAAAGAAGAGUCGACUUGCAAACGCAAGCAGUGUAAACAUUUGUAUACCUGGAAGUACCAGCAUUUAAAUAAUUGAAAGUGUCAGCUAAAUUCUACACAAUAUUCAUUGUAAGUCACUUUGGAGAAAAGUCUGUUAAAUGAAUUAUUGUAAAAUAUCAAGGCAAAAAGCAACAUACUGCACUGUAAAAAAUCCAUUUUGUGAAAAUGUUGGCCAAAACAGUGAAAUAUUUCACAAUUUGACUUACAUUGUAAAUGUUACAUUAAGCGAAGUAACUGUGCUAAGACAGCUUUUCAUUUAAUUUUCAUUUUUAAUAAAAGAAAUCUUGCUUGCUGAGCAAAAUUGCAGGCAUGUUCAAUCUAUUGAGCAUGUGCAUUAGGGAACUAAAUUCAAAUAUUCUGGAUUUUUCCAGAAGACAAGAUGUCAUGUCAAGGAGUAAUCCAGCAUAAGCUUCAUAAAAUGAAUGGUGGGUCCUUUGACAGACAUUUACAAGUCAGCAAAGCUGUAGACUUUCAAUCAUAUCUCAAAUUUACUUUCAAUAUUAAUACCCAAGUUAGUUGACGAUUUAGUCAAAUUAGUUGUAUAUAUUUAUACAUAUUCCUUCAGCUGAUGCUUUUCUCCAAAGCAACUGACAAUGUUAAGCAUGUACUCGACUUGAUUUGAAGACUUCUUUUUAACAUAGAUUUCAAACACAACUCUGCACAUCAAUGCUGAUUUAUUGCUUCUGUGAGUCAUUAACCGACUAACCUAGCUGAAGUUAGCUACAGUGCUGUCUUGGGGGCUUUACAGUUAGGCUUGUAGCUGUUAAUGCAAAAAGCAGUUUUUAGAUGUUUUAGCAUAACACUUGUGGUUAAUUUUAAAAUGAAUUUUAAAGUUAUCUUGCUGACAAUUGUUGGAGUGGCAUGUCUUGCAUAUCGCAUUUUGAAGUAUUUGUGGUGGGCAUAGGCUAAAAGCAAUAAACGUCAAGCAGUAAUUAACAUUAUGCAUCUUUUUAUUCUGUUUGUGUAUGUUAACAUUAGGUGGUGUAAUGUUUAUCAUUUGGGACAGUGUACCUCUCCUGAUUUAUUAUACAGCUGGCAAGUGUGACAUUACUUUGUAUGGAAGUUAAUUUAUUUUGUUACCUCAUGUGAAUAAUAUAUUAGUUUCACUUUAAAAGACUUAUCAAAGCUGUUGUUGGAUGUAUUGUAUAACAUUCCAAGUGAUUAAUGCAUCAUGUUCUGUUUUUUGUUUUGUAUUUCAGCGGUGGCAAUCUCAGCACAUCGACACCUCUGUGCAGAACUGCAAUUGGAUAGAUUUUGCAUGGGUUUGUAUGUCUAAAGUUCACUUCAGCUGAGAACAUUCUUUGUCAGCGAUCAGCUUGAUAUUUGCACUGUAAGUUUUUAGUACUGAGGCUUUCUAUAAAAAUUUACUGAAUGAUACUUAUUUCAUGUAUUUAAAACUCAACACAGAUCUAUGCAAUGAUGUUUUUGUAAAUUUUCCAUGCUGCAGCAAGACAUCCUGUUGAAGCACCACUGACUUAAUUGGCCAGACAGUAGAGGUUCUUUUCCCUGCUUACAUUCAGAUUGUGUUUGUAAGUCAACAAGGGCUUUAAAAAACACUUGUGAAGUAAAGUUCCAUCAUGGCGGCUUCAUUUGCCCUCCCCUGAAGAGAACUGAUAGCUAAAAAAAAAAGAUUAAAUUAUCCAUCCAUCCAUUGUCAACAACCGCUUGUCCCAAGU